AAAAUUACGGUGCCUUGUGGAGGUUCGUUUGGCAGUUUGCUUAUUUUGCAGUAAACCAGUAUUAUUUUCGUAAUGGUUGGUGACAGAGGGUGACAGCUCCCACAUCACCCACCCCAAGCCCUGCCAAAGCCUGCGCUGACAGCCCAGAGCAAGGAUUACAGUUUAAUGUGGCUCUGGAGCUGACCCCAGGCACACACUGCCCCGGGGACACGGGGCUGGGGACGGGUUGGUGGCCAUCCCUUGGGCCACCUGCAGGGCAAGAAGCGUUUUGGCACCAAGAGGUGCUUUUGCAUCAGUGCGGUGACCACCAGCUAUUGGUACCUGGUGACCACAGAGCCGUUUCGUGACUCCUUCAGGGCCACCCAAGGGGUUCGGUGAUGAAAUGUCGCACCAGGUUGGGUUUGUUCCCCUAGGACUGGCCUCAGGGUGCAGGAACAGAACAGGCUGGGUGCCACAGCCGGGCCGGUCGGUGUGGUCUGGGCACAUUCCGGGCACCGGCAGAGCUCGGUGCGGGUGCCAAGAGCCACCGCGGUGCCCGCCGGGGAGAGGUCCUGCCCCGCUGCCUCUGGUGGAGCAGGAGCUGCUUGAGAACCGCGGUGGAGCCAGGGGACCUCAGAAGACCCCAAAGAUGAACCUCCUCAGCCAGGUGAGCACCCUGCUGCAGACCCUGCAAGCCCCGGAGGGGCCGUUCCUCCAGCCUUGGCACUGGCUGAGCUCCUGGGUGAGCAGCUCCAGGCAGGGCAUCGGUGGCCCUGAGACACAGCCGGGUCUGCAGGUGGUGGCGGGGGCAGCGAGCACCACAGCAUUCUUCCUCUGUGAGGGGCUGCUGGGCCAGCACUUCGACGUGGUACCCAAUGGGGUGGCCACGCCCCAACCUGGGGACCUCUUCCUCUUCCCGCUGGCCUCCGGGAGCCCUGGCUGGUGCGGCGCCCACGCUGGUGUGUACUGCGGUGACGGAGAGAUCAUCCACCUGGAAGGCAGCUCAGGGACAUCCCCCUCGGGGAUUGUGGCCAAGCAUGGCAAGAACCACCUCUUGCGGACGCGGGGCCCAGCCAAGGUGCUGCGGAGAAAAGGAGGGAUGGAUGUGGCCACCCUGCAGCGGCGGGUCCGGGCGGCCAUGGACCAGGCACUGGAAUACAACGCCGUCACCUGCAACUGCAUCCACUUCGCCCUUGCCCUGUUGGGGCUGGGCCAGCUCGCCGGUGCCAUGGUGGGAGCCAGCAUCCCAGGGGACUCUGAACCCCAGCCCAGCGUCACCACAGCCCAUCUUCUCCCCCAGGUGUCUCCAGCGCUGCAGUGAUGGAGGCGAUGAUGUGCCCAGGGGACGCAUGGGGCUGGAGCAUCCAUCCCCAAGGGACUGGCAUAGUGCUGGCAGCUUUGGCAUCCCUCGUGCAUGGCAAUAAAUGGUUUGCAUGGAGA